AUUAAAGUAAGCUGGGAGUCAAAGAUAUUGCUCAACAAACAGAAACGAAACUAGAGCGAAUAGAAGAAGAAAUAGUCAUAAACUUUACUUUAAGGCACUUAGGUCAUUCGAUUGCAACAGAGCAGUUGCAAAUACAUUAGAUCAGAUGAAGAGAUGUUACAUUGAUAGACAAACUACAGCAAACAGACAUGGAUGAGUUAAGACCCCCGCCAGUUGAGAGGUCGGAUAGCUGUGCUUCAGGCGCUUCACUGUAUACAGAUGCCUUGGAGGAAAUGCCGGCAGAAAAUUACCUCGUUCCCACCCAUCGCGAUCAUGAUGAUGAUGAUGAUGGUGGUAGCGAAGUUGCAUACUCCGAUGAUGAUCAUGACGAUCAGUAUGCUUCGCAGGAAGCGGUAAUGCACCCAUAUUUGUAUCGAGACAUGGAUAACCUGAUUUUUCUGUACGGUGAAAACGUGCUUCAGUAUCGAUUGUUCGAAUCGAUUGAUGAAAUUGACAUAGAGUUACAUGUUCCAUUGUCAUUUUUGGAAGAGGUGAUCGCUGAUGCAUGGAAAGUGAAUAAAUACGAGCCACUGAUUAUACGACUUCAUUUAUCUCUUUCCCAAUACAUAGAGUCAGUGACUGUACCAAAUAUAGAGGUAUUUCAACCUUCGAAAAAGGAAGGGUUUGGAUUCGGAAGUCAGGUUCGGAAAUUUUUGGAGACUUUUCUAGUGCAUGAAUGGAAAAACAUACAACAAGAAUAUCUAAAGAGUUUGAAGCGGGAAGAGACAUUAAAGAAAUCGACAACGUUUCCAGUGACAGAGAAAGCUAAAAUGGAGCAUGAGGUUAAUGAUGAAGAUGUUGCGAGAUUAGCUGAGAUGGGUUUCCCAAUUGUAUUGGCAAGGAACGCGUUGCUGAUAACCCAUGGAAGUGUUAAGGAAGCAUCAAACCUGCUGGUAUAUAACCCUGAAACUUGUACUGACAUUAAUGUGAGGAUAGAACAGCUGUAUAAGAAACCGGGUGAAUCUAAAGAAUUGGAAGAUGAUAGCUCUGAAGGCAAGGCGACCAGUGGACAUUCAACCCCUGAGGUAGAUCAACAUGGAGAUAAAAAGCCUAAACUGGGGCGGCAACACUCCCAUCCGGCAAUACUGUUAAAGUUGAAGAAGAUGCUACCGACAUUAAAGAGAGCAACCAGUAUAAUGCCGGAAUUAGAAAUUGGUCGUCAGAUUGAGGACCUAAACUUAAUGCCUUUGACAUUAGACGGUAAAAAUGCCAAGAAUAUACCGAGCAUAUCAGAUGGUCUGCUCGUACAAGUUUUCCGAUAUGUGCGUCAGCGUAUUCCGACGAUGAAUGAAUACUGUGUGGUAUGUGAUGAACUGCAUAUUUUCCAAAGCAGCGCAAUGUUGAAACCAGCUGUGUGCAAUCGGGAGCUCUGUGUGUUUGCCUUCCAAACCCUUGGUGUAAUGGCUGACGCAGCCGAAGAUAUUGCAACUGGAGCCGAGGUUGUGGAUCUAUUAAUAAACAUGACAAAAUUCGCGGCAAAGUCAAAUCGCAGAGAAAUAAUUUUCGAUCCAUACCCAACGGUUGUGCAUCCAAAAGUCAACAUCAACCUCCUGUUCAACCCGAAAAAUAAGGACUUUAAUGCAGUUGAAAAGGUGGUCAAUGAUAUGCCACCCAUGCAAGAAAUGGUUGCCAUUACUGCGUUAUUAAGGCAGAAACUCAACAAUCGCAACCCUGCAGUGUACCCCCUAAUACAGUGGAUUAUCAAUAGUAACAGGUCCCAUAUUGUGAAGCUUCCUGUGGAGCGACAACUCAAGUUCAUGGUUACACCGCACCAAUUCCUGCUUAUCUCGAGCCCCCCGGCUAAAGAAGUCAUUUUUCAGCAAGCGAAACAGAACCAUGGCAGCACCUUCGCCUUCCACGGCUCUUCUAUUGAAAACUGGCACUCUAUCAUAAGGCAGGGUUUGGUGAAUGCGUCGGGAACCAAAAUGCAGGUGAACGGAGCUGCAUACGGCAAGGGGAUUUACCUAAGUCCCCAUAUCUCCACAUCCAUGGGCUACUCCAGGAUGGGCUAUGGAUCCAUCAAUGUAAAAAAGGGCCAUCAGCAGCCGAUGGUCUCGGAACGAAGGUUCUUGUGCGGGGACAAUAUUAGGUGUAUAGCGAUAUGUGAAGUGGUCACGUCGAAGGAUUUGAAGAAGAACAAUGCAAUCUGGGUGUGCCCAGACCAAAACCAUGUAUGUACAAGGUUCUUCUUCGUAUAUGAGGAUGGGCAGGUCAGCGAUUCAAGCAUUGACACUCAGGACCAGAAGAUACUUAAUCAGAUUAAGGAGGCUUGUGACCUUAAAUACUGACAUUGGGAUAUGUUUGACCUUUAGUUUGAGGUUAUAUGCUGAUAUUGGGUGGCAUGUGAACUUAAAUGCUGAAGUGGUGGCAUGUGACCUUAAAUGCUGAGAUCUGGAGAUGUUUGACCUUGAAUGUUGGGAAUGGGUGGCAUGUCACCUUGAAUGUUGGGAAUGGGUGGCAUGUCACCUUGAAUGUUGAGAAUGAGUGGCAUGUCACCUUGAAUGUUGGGAAUGGGUGGCAUGUCACCUUGAAUGUUGGGAAUGGGUGGCAUGUCACCUUGAAUGUUGGGAAUGGGUGGCAUGUCACCUUGAAUGUUGGGAAUGGGUGGCAUGUCACCUUGAAUGUUGAGAAUGGGUGGCAUGUCACCUUGAAUGUUGAGAAUGGGUGGCAUGUCACCUUGAAUGUUGAGAUUGGGUGGUAUGUGAGCUUUAAUGCUGAUAUUGGGUGGCAUGUGAGCUUUAAUGCUGAUAUUGGGUGGCAUGUGAGCUUUAAUGCUGAGAUUGGGUGGCAUGUGAGCUUUAAUGCUGAUAUUGGGUGGCAUACAAUCUUGAAUGCUGAGAUUUGGACACAUGUCACCUACAGGUGUAACCUACAUGACCUGUUUUUAAAUGACAAUUUUGUGUUGCCUGUCUGUUCUGUGUUGUUUUUUUCAAAGUCAAAAUGUUUGAAGUUGUUAUAUUGAUACAUGGCAAACUUUGCAAUCAGACCAUCCAAUUCAAUUCUAAAUUAAACAUAAGGUUCCUAUUUCAUGUUUAACGUAAAAUAAGUACCAUAUGAAAUAACCAAUUAUUGUUAUAAAUUAAAAUGACCAUGAUAGGUAAUGAAAUUAUAUAAGAAUACUUAUCAUCCAGGUGGUCUAUGCCUGGAAGUAUCACACAACAGUAAAUUAUAGAAGGUUCUGAUAGCUUUUGGCUUAAUUUGAAGCUGCACUCUCAUAGAUUGUCAGUAUUGACACCUUCUAAAAAAGUUGUCUCAGAAUCGGCUGAUUUGGACAUCAGUGCCUUCUAUUCAGUCAUGUUAGGUCAUUCACAAUAGAACAACACUGAAAUGUUAGGUAAAACUGCCGAAAAAUAUCAUUUUUCUUGAAGCGGUAGUAACUCUUUUAGCCAUUAUGCAUCUAUUUUCGAACAUAAAUAUGAUAAGUUGCGAUCUGAUCUUUUAUCAGCAGUCUUAUAUCACUGGUUUCCAGACAUUUAUGCAAAAAAUAUAAAUAAUUAUAUAAAUAUAAAACAGUAGUUAAAACAAUCAAUCUGUGAGAGUGCAGCUUUAAUACCAAGAAACUUAUAUGUACAUACACAUUAAAUUUACCAGUAUUAUGUUGAUCCAUACACAUAGAGGUUCAACUUCUCUCUGUAUUCAAAAUUAUGCUAUAUUUUUUGACUAGCAUAUAAAUUAAUUUAUAUUUUAUUAUAUGCUUCAUGUGUGUUUGAGGACAUUUAUCAGUGAAAUAGAUAGUAUAUUUCACUGUUUCAAAGCAUAUUUUCACUGUUUCCAAAUAUAUUUCACUAUUUCAAAGUUAUGUUCACAUUCGAUUCAGCAUAUUUUUCUGAAAAACUGCAAUGAAAUGUCAUUUUAUAGCAUUUAUUUUAUAGCUUUUUUAUGCAUUUAUUAAUGAAAAAAUUUGUUGGUUUGAAUUAUUUCACAUUGGGAACACAAAUAAUUUUUUCACUUGUGGCUACACCAAUCAUGAAAUAUAGCUUUUGGUGUUCACUGGGUCAAAUAUAUAACGAUAUCAAACUGAAACAAACAAUCCUUUCUGUGUCGCCUUAAACUAAUACUAAACAAACAUCUAAUUGGUGGCCUUACAUUUUUCUGAAUUAAGUACCAACAAUAAUUAAGCUCCUAUAGUCAUACAUGUAUACGUAUUGGUACCUGGGCAUACAACUUUCAUCACGAGGUUAUUCAAAUCAUAAGAUAAUCUUUAAAUGAUAGCCACUGAAACCAAACGUUGCAUUGGGCGUGAUAGAAUAUGCAACACCAAUGAACAUAAUCAGGUGGCGGGUAAUAAAAGCUUUAUUUUUUAUUUAACCAUAUUCAAAACAGAAAAUUUCAAUGAAACUGACUGUUUACAAUUGCUUAUAAUGACAAUUCUAGCUUGAUGAACUAUUUUUUGGUUUGGAAGUUUUAAUAAAAGUAGGUUGAUGACUUGUCCAGACAAUAACUUGUGUAUUUUUUUAUCCAAUCAUGGUGAAACUUGGUGAGUGUUUGGGGCAUAAUUAUGACUCUGUCAAGUUCUAUUGUUGGGGUAAGCUGCAUCAUUAAAUCCAGAUUUAUGAUCCUUUUACAUUAAAAAAUAGUAAGUUUAUGUCUUGUACAGAUAACCAGUAUUUAUAACCUAACCAUGAUGAAGCUUGGUGAGAAUGUUUUCUUAUGCAAUCAUCACCUAACUUGGGCCCAAUUUCUCAAAACCUCUUAAGUCCUUUAAAACAGGAUUAAGCUAAGCAAGCUAUUUUUGUUUUUCAAUUAUUUGCGUAAUAUUAACUUCUUUAAGAACUUUUUAUACUUAAGAUAUAAGGAAUUAAAUUUAUGAAAAUCACAAUAAACCAUUUUCCGUUCAUAAAAGCCACUGAAGCCUGUUAAGCUUAAGAAGUUUCGAGAAAAGGGGGCCUGGUCACAAUGUUUAAAAGCAUAAUACCUUGUGAUGGCAUGAUUCACUCUUGAGUUUAAUGGCCCAUAAAUUGUCAGAAUUGGAUCAAAUUUACAUUGUCUGCUCUAGAUUUGAGCAUUAGUUAUCCAAUCCUUACCAAUAUUUGCCAAUUUGUGUAUUGGAAUAACUCGACCAAGUUUAAUCAACUUCCAUAUCAUGUUAUAAACUCUAAGAGUUAAUGCCACCGAUUUUUUUUUUAAAUUGACAAAACUAACUUUGUCCUUUCUAAUAACACAAUGCUCAUCAGUCCUACUCCCAUUUAAUGAUUAUCAAAAUAAUUUACCAUUUAAAAAAGUGGAUGCUAAAAGCAGACAACAUUCAAUUUACAGAAUGUUUUAUGUUGUGAAAUUCUUAAUAUGGGCCACCUUUACAACACAUAUUUGUAUAAUAUAAAUAUUAUUGUUUGUUAUGUUUUUAUUUCAAUUUUAUUCCAUCUUUGUGAUACCACUUCAUUGCAAAUCCUGUUAUGUGAUUAGUUAUUUAUGUUUUAAUAUGGACUUUUUAAAACAUAUUUUUACAAUCAUUAUAUAAAAUAAAAAUGACAAAGAAAAA